AAACGCUGGUUGAUAUGGCAACCCGAUGAAGCCCGACGAAGCUUCGGCGAAUCAGAAUUAAAAAAGCGACGGGAGGCGAAGUGAGAAGACAAAUACGAGCUGAUGAGAAUCAGGAUUUGUGGCUUUUUUUUUUUUAAAAAAGCCGUUCGGACAUAAAGACUCUUUAGGAAGGCUGUGUUUGUGUGUGUGUGCGCGAGAGGGCGAGUCUGCGCGAGUGUGUGUGUGUGUUUGUGUGUGUGCGUGCGCGAGAGAGCGAGCGAGCGAGAGAGAGAGGGAGAGAGAGAGAGAGAGAGAGAGAGGUAGAGAGAGCUGUACCGCCGCUGUCUGCCGGGGGAAGCCAGCAUUUCUCCGGUUCCUCGCCUGGCGUAGUGGAUGAUGGACUCGGCUCACGCGGACCUUCUGGAGCCUGCUCACGCGCACGUAUCACCACCGCUUUGAAAUCCGGCGACGCGCGGAUGCUUCAGGACGCGUCGGCACGUUUCUGCACGUUUCCGGACCUUUGAUCUCCUUUGAUCUGCUUUGGAUUGGUCGUUAUCUCUUCAGCUGCUGGAGGAAAAAUAAAAAGCUGGAUAUCAGAUGAGAGUGUGGAGACGUCCUCCCGGCGUUCUGACGGCGGAUGGUGGGAAUACCGCGAGGAGGACGAGGGGAGACGGCGCGGGUCGUGAUGCUCGCGCUACGGAGACGCUCAGCCUGAUGACACCGAGGUCUGCAGCCGCACUACAGUGAUCUGGGUCAUCCAAUCCCAUGAAAAUGCAUGUCUGGAUACUGCCGAUUACACUGCUGGUUGGAGCUUCUCUAAGCCUGGUGGAGAUGUACGACAGUUAUGGGGAGAUCUGCAGGAAUCUGUGCACUUGCGAGGAAAAAGAAGGCAUCCUGACCGUCAGCUGCGAGAACAGGGGCAUCGUCAGGCUGUCGGAAAUCAGCCCAGUGCAUUUCUCCACCUACCACCUCCUGCUGACGGGCAACCUGCUUAAAAAGCUGUCCGUCAACGACUUCAUUAACUACACCGGAGUCACCAUUUUGCAUCUGGGCAACAAUGACAUCGCCGACGUGGAGACCGGGGCAUUUAACGGACUCCAGGGAUUAAAGAGGUUGCACUUGAACAACAACAAAAUCGACGUGCUAAGGGACGAUACAUUUGCUGGAUUAGAGAGUCUGGAAUACCUUCAAAUUGAUUACAAUUUUAUUAGCAUCAUCGAGCCCAAUGCUCUCAGCAGGCUCCACCACAUGACCGUGCUCAUUCUGAACGACAACCUGCUGUCGUCUCUGCCCGCGAACAUUUUCCGCAACGUGCCCUUGACCCAUUUGGACCUCAGGGGAAACAGGCUGAAAAUGUUCCCGUAUAUCGGUCUUCUGGAGCACAUGGACAAAGUGGUGGAGUUACAGCUGGAGGAGAACCCGUGGAAUUGUUCGUGCGAGCUGAUUGCACUCAAGGCUUGGCUGGAGAGCAUCGCGUACACAGCGUUGGUCGGGGAGGUCGUUUGCGAGACUCCCUUUCGGCUGCACGGCCGAGACCUUGACGAAGUUUCCAAGCAGGAGCUUUGUCCCAGAAGAGCCAUUUCGGAGUACGAGAUGCGUCCGCCGCCUCCUCUUAGCACUAGUGGAUAUUUCCAGACGACUCCAGCCGUGGUGACAGCCUCGGCCACUUCCUCGGCCGUGCUCAGAUCCUCCUCCAGACCCACCAAGGGCACCCGGCAGUCCAACAGGACCAGGUCCAAGCCCACGACUCGCAUCCCGGCCAACCCUUACAACUACGGACCCAUCAUAGCUUUCCAGACCAAAUCCCCCGUGCCUUUGGAUUGUCCCACGGCCUGCACGUGCAACCUGCAAAUCUCUGACCUCGGGCUGAAUGUCAACUGCCAGGAGAGGAAGAUUGAAAGCAUAUCGGAUCUAAAGCCCAAGCCAUACAAUCCCAAAAAGAUGUACCUCACAGGGAAUUACAUCCCCAUAGUGCGCAGAUCGGAUUUCGUGGAAGCCGAAGGAUUGGAUUUGUUGCACUUGGGAAACAAUCGGAUAGCGCUUAUACAGGACAGGGCUUUCGGGGAUUUAAUUGGCCUACGCAGGCUUUACUUGAAUGGCAAUUUGAUCGACAGGCUCACUGCAGAAAUGUUCUUUGGGCUUCACAACCUGCAGUACCUGUAUUUGGAAUACAACAAAAUCCGGGAGAUUGUGGGAGGUACGUUUCGUUUCGUGCCCAACCUGCAGCUGCUGUUCCUCAACAACAACCUUCUCAAAACCUUGCCUGGAGGCAUCUUUUCCACUCUGUCGCUCGCCAGACUCAACCUGCGCAACAAUCACUUCCAGAACCUGCCCGUGAGCGGGGUUCUGGACCAGCUGAAGGCUUUGGUGCAGAUCGAUCUGUUCGAGAACCCAUGGGAUUGCUCUUGCGACGUGGUAGGGAUGAAAAUAUGGCUGGAGCAGCUCAACUCCGGCACCGUGGUUAACGAUGUCGUUUGCGCGACUCCAAAGAGGCUGGCCGGCAAAGACAUGCGCGGAGUCCUUGCUGAGCUUUUGUGCCCGGAUUAUUCGGAUAUAGUCGUUUCGACCGUUGCUCCUUCUGAGGAACCGUUGGCGGGCAGGAUCACCACCACGGAGAUGCCACUGAGGUACAACACCCCUACGAGCACCGUGCCGCUGUCCGUGCUCAUCCUCAGCCUUCUCCUGGUCUUCAUUAUGUCUGUGUUUGUGGCUGCUGGGCUGUUUGUAGUGGUCAUGAAGCGGCGCAAGAAGUCGCAGAGUGACCGCACCAGCACCAACAACUCGGAUGUUAGCUCCUUCAACCUGCAGUACAGCCUCUACAGCAACCGGUCUGUUCCUAAGGUCAAGCCUCCCGCCGGCCAUGUCUACGAGUACAUCCCGCAUCCGUUGGGCCACAUGUGCAAGAACCCCAUCUACAGGUCCAGGGAGGGCACCGCUGUCGAGGAUUACCCCGAUUUGCAUGAGCUGAAGGUGGUCAGCUAUAGGAAUACGCCCGAAGACGAGCGGGAUCCCACCUUGCGGAGCCCGAACUACACGGUCAGCACCAUCGAGCCUCGGGAGGAGCCGUCCACGGUUCAGGACGCCGAACAUUUCUUCAGAGGGAUCCUGGAGCCGGACAAGGCCACACCCAGCAGCACUGGAAGUAGGUACGAGUACAAGUACCCCAGUCCUGGAGCGUACACGUACAACCCGAAUUUCGACGUCAGGCGGCAGUACUUACAUCCCGAGACUGUGCUGUACGGCACGGCGCCAAGUACUGUCUACGUGGAGCCCAACAGGAACGAGUACUUGGAACUAAAGGCGAAACUCCAAGUGGAGCCGGACUACCUCGAAGUUCUUGAGAAACAGACCACGUUUAGCCAGUUUUAAACCAUGGUCCGUUAACAAUAAUAAUACACACUUUACUGUACUGUAAAAAAAAGCUUCCCCUUACAGUACACACCCUUAUACCCUCUUACUUACUUAAGACGUACCAUCUGAAGCUGGAGGGUGCCCGGGCAACAGCGUACACCGUUAUUCUUUAACGGGAAACGGAAAAAAAUGAACGAAACACGCGAAAAAAGCAAACGACAGAAAAAAAGCAAGUCCUACAGCGGGGUGUGCCAAACUGUAUUUCUUUAAGUUUCAAAGCUACACGACAUUUACAGGAACAACUGCAGCAAACAGCAGCAGCAGCAGAAGCGACAACUAAAACAACUUACAAAAAAAAAGAGCUCUCUAAAACGAAUAAAUGAACGAACGAAAGGAUGAAAGCACGAGUUGUGAUAAAAAAAAAAUGAACAAAAAAAAAACACAGAAAUGACGAUGCAAAAUCUAUUUUUUUAAGUUGAAGAUUGAAUACGCGUAAAUGUAGGUGUACAGAUUAAUCCGAGCCCAUUUUUUUCAGGAGUAUAAAUAAUAUCACGCAGAUAUUGUGAACUAUUGCGACAGGAAACGCAGAAAUGUUUAUAUAUAUAUGUAUAUAUUUCAAAAAAACACAAGAGAGAGAGAGAGUAUGAAAGAGUGUCAGAAAGAGAAAGAGAGAGAAUAAAAGACAGAUAAAGAGAGAGAGAGAGAUAAAGAAUAAAGAGUAAAGUAAAAGUAAAAAUCACCCGACAUCCGACAGUAAAAACUGUACUCCAGUGCAUCUUUAACUGUGCAGGACUAUUCUUCUGCUCUAGUCUGUAAGUAAGUAUUUAUUGGUAUACUCUCUUUGCCAUGUAUUUUCCACAUUAUUUGAUUCUCCAUCGAUAUUACCUGUACCAUUCCCCAUCUGUACCAGCUUUCUGUUCGUAAUUCUGAUCAUUUUACUGUAGCUUGCAUUGUACAAGUGGCUUUCUUUCGACGGUGGCACACCCCCGACCCCCCCCCGACGACGGCGACGACGACGACAUGUCAAACAGAGACUUGACUUUUUGCUUCAUUUAAAGAUUUCAAAAGAAAAAGUGUCUUUGUAUGCUGUCUGCACUUUUUUGGGAAAAAAAGCAAAGAAACGAUGAAAAAAAAAGUCAAACUAAAUCAAAAAUCUAUAAUUAUAUGGAGAGAAUCGAGAAUAUCAAUGGAGAGAGAGAAGGGCCUGUGCAGGGUCUUCCCAGCUACCAUUAGAGGAACUAUUAUUAAUAUAAUGAUAAAUAACGAUUAGAUGAUUAUAUAUUAAAAAUGAAUUUGUGCGUUCAUUCUUAAUAUGUAUUUUAAUAACACGUUGUUCUCAAUCAGAAAUUCGUAAACAAUGAUGAUACAAAAGAAUUGAAGAGUAAUAAUAUAAUAAUUAUGUUGAAUUGUGUAACAUAAUACUGAUACUGAUAUUUUAAUGUUUGAACACCUAUUUUUAUACGAGCAUUAUACGCAAAAUUCUCUUUCCCUUAUUGUUUUCAUUUGUUUAUUGUUUUUUUCGAUUGAUUGCUUUCCACUUAUUGCACUAUAUUGACCAAAAUAUGUUUAUGUCAUCAAUAAAUAUGAUGUCAGGUUCU